AUGCUGUCAGCAGGGUCGAGUGAAACUCCCCCAGAACCAGAAGCUCCUCCUGCUUUGAAAAAGCUCUUCAGCUCCACUCAUUUUCAGCAUGAUAUCCGAACAUAUAACUCCAUCCUUGCAUUUACGUCUAUGGGAGCUCAGAUUGAUCAUUCAGUCAUGCACAAAACGGGUCCUUUUACUUACCGCAUCCAUGGUCAAAAUGCACACCGGAUCGGUUCUUUAGUACCUGAACCAGGGCGACCUCCAAAGUUCAGUCAGCUAUACAUUUUCGACACGGCAAAUGAGAUUCAGAAUAGGAUUACAACGGUUAAGAGAACAGCAAAAGUUGGUGAGCUGGAUCCUAAAAUAGUUAAAGAGCUGAUAGAAACAAUGGACACAUACAACUGUCUAACUAAGAUUUUCAGAAAAGCAAGAGACAUUCAUGAAACGGAUAGCUGCCAAGAUUUCAGUAUUAGACUCGUCGGCCAAUCUAAAUGUAAUCGUCAAUAUGAUAUGCCUCAAACAGACGAAAUAGCAGGCUUAAUUGUUGGUGACUUUACCGAGGAUAUGGGUGAGAGAGAUGUAGUGGUGCAGCACAGAUCAUCAGGCCUGCAGCAUAUAAGUGAUAUGCACCCACUCUUUAUGACUUUGCAGUAUCCAAUCCUCUUCCCAUACGGUCAGAGCGGCUUCAACGAAAACAUACCUAUUACCAAUACUGAUGGAAACCAACGAAAGAGGGAAUACAUCACAAAAAGAGAAUUCUUUUCUUACCAGUUACAAACUCGCCUGGAUGAAGGCAUGGUUAUUGUGAGCUCCAAAAUACUACUGCACCAGUAUAUAGUUGACGCUUAUACAUGCAUAGAGAUGGAGAGGUUGCGUUGGUUUCGAUUGAACCAGAAAAAAAUCAGAGCGGACCUGUACAACAACGUACAAGAUGCAGUCAUGAAUGGUGACACUGAUGCAAGAUCUUUAGGGAAAAGAGUCAUAUUACCCUCGAGUUUUACAGGAAGCCCCCGUUAUAUGGCUGAAAAGUAUCAUGAUGCGAUGGUAAUAUGUCGAUGGCAUGGGAAUCCAAACUUAUUUAUCACGAUCACAACGAAUCCUAAAUGGGAUGAGAUAACUGACCACCUAAAGAUGUACGUCUCUGAUGAUCCCAACGACCGCCCUGACCUAGAGGCUAGAGUGUUCAAGAUGAAACUGGAUGAGCUAAUUUCAGAUUUCAACAAAGGCACCUUCUUCCCCCGUCCUAAAGCAGCUGUUUACACCAUUGAGUUUCAGAAGCGAGAGCUGCCCCAUGCCCACAUUAUUCUAUGGCUUGAAGGUGACUUCAGGACCCCAACAGCAUCAGACAUUGACAGAAUCAUCUCCGCAGAACUACCAGACAAAGAAAAAGAUCCAGAAGCCUAUGCUCUGGUGGAACAACACAUGAUGCACGACCCCUGUGGGAAAGACAGAAAAACAUCUCCGUGCAUGGAGGAAGGUGUUUGCAGUAAGAAGUUUCCACAUAGCUACGUUACACACACCCAGAUUAACGACUCCGGUUACGUCUUGUAUAGACGACGGCAUACAGAGCACUUUGUCUACAAGGGAGACAUAAAGCUUGAUAGCCAAUUCGUUGUUCCCCACAAUACCCAAAUCCUGAAAAAAUACAAGGCACAUGUCAAUGUCGAGUGGUGCAACAAAUCAAGCGCGAUCAAAUACCUCUUCAAGUAG